AUGAGGACAGGUCCUAUGUUCAGGAAAGGAUGCUGGAUGAAGGCUAUUGGUGAAGUAUGAGCAUAAGUAGCCCAUAACCCCUGGGUGUUGAAAGGCUUAACGGACACUGAUCAUCCUCCUUAAUUUUCUAGAACAUUCGAUUUGGGCCAAAGAAAGAAUCCUGAUGAACAAGAAGCCUCACACGAACUUUUGACAGUGCCAAGAGAAAAAAAAAGAAGAAGGGAGAAGGACUUAUCUCGAGUUAACCCACUUUGCCUUGGGAUCUUUUUUUCUUAAUAAGAAAAUCCAUUCCGGGGUCACAAGGCAAUGACGGGAGAUUAGUCAUUUAAAGUUCCAAACAAAGAUUUCUGA